UCAUUACGUCACUGUUACUGUCAUGGCCGCAGCGGACAGCUGGACGUGGUUUCCGGCGUUAGCGCUUGGCGUUUCUUUGCUGAAAUGUCUGUUCAUCAACGCGUAUCACUCCACAGACUUCGAGGUCCACAGGAACUGGUUGGCCAUCACUCACAGCCUGCCGGUGUCCCGGUGGUACCACGAGAACUCGUCGGUGUGGACCCUGGACUACCCGCCGCUGUUCGCCUGGUUCCAGUGGAGUCUGUCCCACGUGGCGCAGCACUUUGACAGCAACAUGCUGCGGGUGGAGAACCUGGACUACGUCAGCCCCGGUGCCGUGCUCUUCCAGAGGCUUUCUGUUGUCUUCACCGACGGGGUUUUCAUCUACGGGGCCAGAGAGUGCUGCAGGUGCGUUCAGGAGCCAAAAGAGCAACGGGACGUCCAGAGCCGCCCGUCCUUCGUCCUCGCCGUCCUGCUGCUGUGGAACUUCGGCCUCCUCGUGGUCGACCACCUUCACUUCCAGUACAACGGCUUCCUGUUCGGCGUCCUGCUCCUCUCGCUGGCUAAACACCUGCAGCAUCGACACCUUCAGGGGGCGCUGCUGUUCUCCAUCCUGCUCAACCUGAAGCACAUCUACCUGUACAUGGCCCCCGCCUACGGAGUCUACCUGCUGAGGAGCUACUGCUUCAUCCAGGACCACCGAGGUACCCCCAACAGAGAACUGUGUGCAGACGGCUCCGUCGGGUGGAGGAGCUUCAGGCCGCUCCGCCUGCUGGCUCUGGGCUCCAUCGUCACCUCCGUCUGCGCUCUGUCCUUUGGUCCUUUCAUCGCUAUGGGUCAGCUCCCCCAGGUGCUGUCGCGUCUCUUCCCCUUUAAAAGGGGCCUCUGUCACGCCUACUGGGCCCCGAACUUCUGGUCCCUGUACAACGUGCUGGACAAGAGCCUGGCCACGCUGGGUGUCCGUCUGAACCUGCUGGAGGAGGCGGAGCUUCCUCGAGCCUCCAUGACGGGCGGUUUGGUUCAAGAGUUCCAUCACGCUGUCCUCCCCUCCGUCACCCCCUCCGUCACCCUGGUGUGCAGCCUGCUCUCCAUCCUGCCGGCGCUGCUGUCCCUGUGGGGGGGGCCACGGGGGCCUCCAGCCUUCCUGCGCGUGCUGCUCAUCUGCUCGCUGGGCUCCUUCCUGUUCGGCUGGCACGUCCACGAGAAGGCCGUCCUGCUCGCCAUCCUGCCCCUCAGCAUCCUGGCCGUGCAGAACAGAGAGGAUGCUGGGACUUUCCUGGUUCUGACCACCACGGGUCACUACUCUCUGUUCCCGCUGCUCUUCACCCCCGCAGAGUUUCCCAUCAAAGUUCUUCUGAUGCUGAUGUUUACGAUCUACUCUUUCACUGCUUUGAGGAAACUUCACAGUGGUCAGGGGCGUCUGCUCCAUCCUCUGGAGUCCGCCUACCUGCUGGGACUCAUCGCCGUGGCGAUCACCUGCGAAGUGGUGUUCCCCCUGUCGCCGUGGCAACAGAGGCUGCCCUUCCUCCCCCUGCUGGUGACCUCUGUGUACUGCUCCGUGGGAGUUUGUCACUCCUUCCUGCGCCUGUACGUGAGUCUGCUGAGGCCGCAGGAGAAGCCCAAACAGCUGUGAGAGGUCAACAAAGAACCUCCAUCCUGCUCAUGAGCCCCUGAGCAAGGCACUAAGUCACUGACUGAACAAUCGGAUCACAUGACGUCAUCAUCAUUAACAAAUAAACAUCUGUGUGACCAAAACGUAACUGAAAGUUGUUUAUUUUUCUAUGUUUUUAAAUAAAGGAUUUCAUCCCA